CUCUUUCAGGCAAAAUCGAAACCCUAAUUCAUUUCAUCCUCUACCCUCUUCUCUCCUUCUGGCUUCUUCUCGUCUCUUCCUCUCUUCUCCAGAAACACAAACCAGCAAACAAAAAGGAAAAGAACAAUAAAAAUAUCUAGCUCUUCAAUCGCAUCCAUUCUCUUCAAUUCGAUCCCUCUUCCCUUCUGCUCUCCUCUCGAUCGAGCAAAGUAAAAAAGAAAGAACCAAACCCUUCCAUUUCCCCUCUAAUUUCUCGGUCUGUUUCCCGUCACGAUCUGUCUUGUCAUCCUCUCCUUUCCUGGCCAACAACGAGGAGGAAGGAAGAAUGGACAGACGACGACGAGAAGUAAAGGCAAUCGAUGUCGGCGACGACGCUGAGGCGGCGUCGAAGUGACUCAAGUCGCUGGCGGCGAGGAUUGGCGUACCACCGGCGACUGACGCGACGGAGGCGGCCCAAAGCGGACUCUGUUUUUUAUCGAGGAGAGAAAAAACGGAGACUGCUGAACUUCUAGCGUCGCUGACAGCAGGGGUUACUCCGACUGACGAGAGGAUUGGGCAAGUUUCGGUGAUUAUUUGUAUUUACUUGAUUCGUUUGUGGGCUUGGUAGAUACUGACUUAUUUUUGGGUUAUUUGGCCGAUUAGGUGAGAUUCUCCCUCUUUCUCGAGCUUGAAGCUAGUUUUAGGUUUUUUGUUUACUCUACUGCUUGUGAUCUGUUGGAUUAGGAAAGAAGGUUUAUUGUUGUGACUUUUGUUUAAAAGAUGUGAAUUUGAGAAUCUGGAAUCUAUGGCGUGGGUUGUGGC